CGCGGCGGCGGGCGAUGACGGGAGCGGGCGAUGGGGCAGGCGCUGUGCGUCUGCUCUCGCGGCACCAUCAGCCUGGGGGGCGUGCGGUACCUCCUGCUCCACCGCCUGGCAGAGGGGGGCUUCAGCUAUGUGGACCUGGUAGAAGGGCUGCGGGACGGGCGCUUCUACGCCCUGAAGCGCAUCCUGUGCCAUGACAAGGAGGACCGCCAGGCUGCCCUGCACGAGGUGGAGAUGCACGGCCUCUUCGACCACCCCAACAUCCUGCGCCUGGUGGCCCAUUGCAUGGUGGAGAAGGGCGCCAAGCAUGAAGCCUGGCUCCUCCUGCCCUACGUAAAGGGAGGGACCCUCUGGAGAGAGGUGGAAGCACUGCGAGAGAAAGGGACCUUCAUGCCAGAGGAGCGGAUCCUCCUCAUCCUCCAUGGCAUCUGCCGUGGGCUGCAAGCCAUCCACAGCAAGGGCUACGCACACAGGGACCUCAAGCCUACCAAUGUGCUGCUGGAUGAGGAUGACCGGCCCGUGCUGAUGGACCUGGGCUCCAUGAACAAAGCUCGCAUCGAAGUCAACAGCUCUCGGAAGGCCACAGCCGUGCAGGACUGGGCUGCCCAGCGCUGCACCAUCUCCUACCGUGCCCCCGAGCUCUUCACAGUGCCCAGCCAGUGUGUCAUAGACGAGCGCACAGAUAUCUGGUCCCUAGGCUGCGUGCUGUACUGCAUGAUGUUUGGGGAGGGCCCCUACGAUGCCAUCUUCCAGAAGGGUGACAGCGUGGCUCUGGCAGUGCAGAACCCCAUCGUGGUGCCCCCCACGACCAGGUACUCGGCUGCCUUGCAGAACCUGCUCUCCUCCAUGAUGACACUGGACCCCCAGGAGCGACCCAACAUAAAUGACGUCCUCCACCAGCUGGAGGGGCUGCAGCCAGUGCCAGCGGGCCAGGACACCACCCAGAUCUGAGCCCGUCCCACCCCACAGCGGCGAUGUGCCCCGAGGACGAGCCAGGGGAAAAGCAGCUGCCCUUGUCCCUGCUCCCCCGCGGAGCCCUUGCAGAGGGAAUUGACGUGCUCGGGGGAGAGCUGCUGCCCUGUGCCGGAGGUGUGUUGGAUUUGCAGUGGUCUGUGCCCUGGGUGCUGCUGCCUGGGGGCUUGGUCUGUACCCCAGGUCUGUGGACGUAUGACCUGCUGCUAAACACAGGGCCCUCACUGGCCACUGCCUUCCCCGGGGGCUACAGAGAAAGGAUGCUGUGGGGCCUGCCCUCCCCCCUGGGUGAUGGCAGCCACAGCCCUGCAGCUCUGUGCCCGGGGAGGAGCUGCAGUUUGGGUCCCGGUGCCGUGCUGGAGCCGGGGGGGUGUCCCCACACCCUCCCCGCCGUGGCUCUCGGCACCGAUGUUGCCUUGUGUUUGGAGUAAAAGACGUUCUUGAGGA